AUGGAGGGAUUCAGUGUUGGUAAAUCAACCAUGAAAACGAAUGAAUACGGACUCGUAUCGCCGCUCACGUACGGUCCAGGAGUUGACGCGAAAAUUUUCGAUUGCGGCUUUCGUCACCCGGUGGAGAAGAUCGAAAUGGAACACGAACAGAACUUCGACAUUCUACAGAAAGUCACUGCUCGCCGUCUGCAAGGAAUUCAUAUGCCAUUGAGGCUGGAGAUGGAGCGAAGAGCAGCUGCCAAGGUUUCAAGAUUGCCUUUCUUGCCAUCGUCGAACUUGAUGCUCGACGUCCUCACUGGAAAGGAAGACACACUGGACUUCAGUGACUUUCUCGGCAUGCCGGAGUUCCGUGAAGUCAGCGGACAGCCACAUGCUGUCGUUGAACUGUACGUGGGUUCAACAAAAGUUCACGGUCGCAUUGUUCCUUUGACCCCUGUUAUAAUGGACGCUUUCGAUAUUUUCAAAAAGUUACGUCGAGGCGCCCAGUUCGAUUUAAAACGAUUUCGCGACGAUGCCUUGAAAUUCCGAAUGGUGAAAGACGAUGGCGCUUACGAACGUGUGUCCGAUACUGCAGGAAUUGGCAGAAGGAAACGAACUGUUUCCGAAACUUCUUGGAAGUCCGUGGAAAGCAACAGCUCGUCUAAAUUCACAAAAAUUGAUCCGAUCGAAGCCCGAAAGGAACUCGGAUCCGAAGACGAUGAAGAAAAUCAGAGCGAUUUUGAUCAAGAAUCGGAUGACGACAAUGACGGAAAAAGGAUGAACUCCGGGGUGAAAUUGAUGUCAGGCAUCGACGACAUCGAACUUGAAACAGAACGCAAGAAGAAAAAGAAGAGAGCGCGAACGAAAUCAGAAGAUGAGAAAGAUUUGUUUGCGGAGGAUGCUGAACGAGUGAACCGAAUCAGGAAUGAAAAUCGAAUUCAUGUCAAUGGAACCGAUGUUCCACCGCCGAUACAAAGUUUCACUCAGCUCGUGUCAGAAUAUGGGAUGAAAGAUGUGCUGAUUAAAAAUGCUGCGGACGUGGGUUACCAUGUUCCCACUCCAAUUCAGAUGCAGGCCAUUCCUCUCAUGCUGCAGAGAAGAGAACUUCUGGCGUCUGCGCCGACAGGGUCGGGUAAAACUGCUGCGUUCCUGAUUCCUCUUCUUCAUCAUCUGAAAGAGCCUUCGAAAAAGGGAAUCAGAGCCUUAAUUGUAGCUCCAACCAGAGAACUUGCUGCUCAGAUUCACAGAGAAUGCGUCAGACUUAGCGAAGGAACGCAUCUGCGAUGUCAUCAAUUGGAUCACAUCGGAAAAAAAUCUUCAAAAGCCGUUCGUGCUGUGUGUUCAUCGAAAUGUGAUUUGCUGGUGUGCACGCCAAGUCGAUUGAUUUACUUGCUGAAUCGAGAUCCUUGUCCGAUUACCCUAAAAAGCGUUGAAUGGCUAGUCGUUGACGAAUCUGACAAGCUAUUUGAAAUCGGCACAACUGGAGGAUUCAGGGAACAAUUGGCCCGCAUAUACACGGCUUGCAACGCUGCAAAUGUCCGACGUGCCUUGUUCAGUGCCACGUUCGCUUUCGAUGUCGAGCAGUGGUGCAAACUCAAUUUGGACAACGUUGUCAUGACCUCGAUAGGAGCUCGUAACACUGCAGUUGAAACAGUCGAGCAAGAAUUGAUGUUUGUUGGAGAGGAAUACGGAAAACUAGUGGCAUUUAGGAAUAUGAUUCUCAAGGGCUUGAAUCCUCCGGUUUUAGUGUUUGUUCAGAGCAAGGAUCGAGCGAAAGAACUUUUCCGGGAACUGAUAUACGACGGAAUUAACGUGGAUGUUAUCCACUCUGAUCUCACUCAGUUGCAGAGAGACAACGUUGUCAAAGGAUUUCGAACUGGGAAAAUAUGGGUGCUCAUCUGCACCGAACUCAUGGGAAGAGGCGUGGAUUUCAAAGGCGUGAAUCUUGUCGUAAAUUACGAUUUCCCCCCGUCAACUGUGGCGUACAUUCACAGGAUUGGUCGAACUGGAAGAGCUGGUCGUGCAGGUAAAGCCAUCACGUAUGUGACACAGCAGGAUUUCCCGUUUCUGAGAAGCAUCGCCCAGCUAAUAAAGAACAGCGGAGGGACAGUACCCGACUUCAUGCUGGCAGCUCCGAAAGCGUCGCGAAAUCUGAAGAAUGAUCUAAAGCGUCAUGCGCCUGAUCGACGACGAAUCAAAACCGACCCUUACACUAGGAAAGAAUUGAAAGACAUGCGACAAAAGGCGAUGAUGAAGAAAGGAAUUAAAGUUGAAGGAUUUCCUCGGAAGAAACGUGAGAAUGUCGUCUCCGGGUCGAGUCCGAAAGCGGAGAAGGUUGAACAGAAGUCCAUUCCUGUUCAUGCGUCAAAAUUCAAACGAAAAUCCGGCGGACUGAAGCAAAGCAAGAAGAAGAAAACAUCGAAAGAAAAUGCCAAAAAUAAGCCGAGAAUUCCCAACAAGAAACUGGGGGGUUACCUGUGGAUGUGUUUCGUAUCGUAUUUCGGUUGA